UGCGGGGAUCGGGGCGCAGCCUUGCACGUGGAUAGUCCGGUUUCGAGUCCGAGCAUCGUGGGGUCCACUGCUGUGGUGGCGGUUGGGAGCGAGUGGGUGGUGUGGCGAACUGCGGGACUCGAGGGCGUGCUCAGCCGGCGGGGGAGAGCGCUGCCGGUUUCCGAUGACGAUAAGCCUGAUCGCCCAGAUGAGCUGGCAAGAAUAGAAGCUGCAGGUGGGCGAGUGAUUUAUCUCAAUGGUGCUAGGGUUAAUGGGAUCCUGGCAAUGUCUCGGGCAAUAGGAGACAAGUAUUUCAAACCAGUUGUGAUACCAGAACCAGAAGUACGUGUUAUGGAAAGACACCCUGAAGACGAAUGCUUGGUGAUUGCCAGUGACGGGCUGUGGGAUGUCAUACCUAAUGAGUUGGCAUGCGACAUAGCUCGGAGGUGUCUAGAGGAGGGAAAUAGAGAGGGUAGUUAUAGCGGUAGUGGAGGGGAGGAACAUCCUUCUCAAGCUCGGUGUAAUCUUGCCACUGCUUUGCUUGCUAGGCUUGCACUCGGGAGGAAGAGCUGCGACAAUAUCAGUGUGAUUGUAGUCGAUCUGAGAAGAGGGCAAGCAUAGAGGACAGUUACAGCUAUUUGUUGGAAGGGACAGCUUCUCUGUUUAUAUGCAAUUUAGGUGAGGAGAAGCAAAGUACAGAAAGGAAAAUGUACAUAGUGAAAAACCUUUUGUUCGAAAGCUUUUUGAGAAUAAUGUGGUGUUUUAUAUUCUGGUGGAGGGGGAAAUGGCGAAGUUAUAAAAUCUGCAAGUGAUGUAUAAACUGGCGUUUGUUCUGAUUUUUGUUUUUUGUUUGUCAUAUUGUAACUGAUCCGGUGCUGAUAAGACGUCGCAGAAAUCUUGGAGAUUUUACUGGUUGGUUAGAUCAACUUGUAAAUGGUGAGAGAUUUGCAUUAGAGAAGGAACUGCUGGUGUUUUAAAAAGAAUUUGCUUCAGGCA